UCACCAAUUAAAUUUCUGAAGGAGUAUCCGCCCCUGUUUGCAGUCGUCGUGUACGAAAACAGAAGUGAGCUAAUUGGCAAAACAAUAGCAGCCCCUCCCGCACACACCACAUAACUCUACCACAUAGUUGAAUACGACUAGGCGGAGAUAAAAGUACAACAGUACCUCCCCCCGCUCGCUACUCGUUUGGGGUAAAGUUCACAAAGCCCAUUGCCAACGGCGGAGCUACAUACGACAGUUUUUAGCUAUCGCCAUGGCCGACAACAAUAAUCUUCGCAGCGCUGUGAUCAACGAGGCACCUUUAGUGCCGCCGACGAGCAUUGUUGGACCCGGAUUUUCCAGUGGGCCUCCGCCAGAUGCAGUGCUGCGCACACCCUUCGCCGGUAAUGUGCGUGCUCUACCAAACCUCGCCCCACCACUUCCACUGUCGCCGUUUCAACAGACGCAAUAUGGAUAUGGCGGAGCAUAUGGAAACAAUAGCUACGCUGGUGGCUAUGGCGGCUACAACACGGGAGGAGGAUUCGGAGGAGGAUAUGGAGGAAUGGGCCAAUUUGGUAGCGGUUGGGGAGCUCCAUACAGGUCGUAUGGCGGUGACUUUGGCGGAGGCUACAAUAGAUUUGGCGGUAUGGGGGGCAUUGAUCCGGAACAGCGAUUCAUCCAGAUGGCCGAGGCAAGCUCGCGUCCAGCGUUCCAGAGUAUAGAGUCCUUAGUAUCGGCUAUUGGGAAUAUUGCCUCCAUGCUGGACUCGACAUUCUUUGCGUUAACGAGCUCAUUUCGGGCCAUUCUCGGCGUGGCAGCGAACUUUGGACGUCUGCGCAGCGUUUUUGCGCAGUUCUGGACGACAUUUGCCAUCUUCCGAGGGCUGAAAUGGAUCUACAGAAAGAUUCUUUUCUGGCUGCGAUUAUCGAAUUUGGAUCCUUCUUCGGAGGCCUUCAAGAAGGCCUUUGCUGAAGCUCUCAACGAAAAUCAUAGUCAGGUCGGAGGGGGACCACAGCCUCCGCGAAAAAGAAAUUCGCCCUGGCCGGUAUUAGCCUUCAUAAGCUUUAUAUUCACGGCUCCCUAUCUGAUCAUGAAGCUGUUGGGCUCGGUAACGAACACGGCCCAGGAGGAAGCCCGCAAUCCAUCCAAGUGGGUCGCACCUAUUCACACCCAGGCUGUUUACGAUUUCGCCGGACGUAAUCAGAGUGAACUCUCGCUGAGUGCCGGCCAGUCGCUCCAGGUGGCCCCCCGCGAGAUUCAACAGACUCUCAAUCUGCUCAAUACCGGCUGGGCCUUGGCCACAACAAAUGGCCAGACUUCAGGCAUCAUUCCCAUUAGCUAUGUCAAAUCACCGCAGCAACUACGCCAGGAUCAUCAGGAACAAGUUAAACCCACCCAGCCGCGACCCGAGCUGAUGAAUCUUUCUACAGAUGCUUUUCCCGCACCGCCGUUGGAUCAACAAAUGAACUACGACUUCAACCUGGCGGCCCAGCAACAGGCACCCCUUGGGCCGCCCUCAACUGCAACAGCGGCAUUUGAAGAGGGUUUCGCUUGAAUUACCCCAGCCAGUGGCCCCCCCGUGCACAGUCCUAAAACAUAGCUUUAGUUUAAGUAUGUAUCUUCGGUUGACCUGUUGUAUUUUAAGAUAGCUUCCGCCUUUUGUAAGUAUAUUUCCAUUUAAGGUUUUUGAAUUUGUAUGUAAGACUGUUCUGCUCUACGAUCCGAUCCCAAUGAACUAAAGUAAACUACAACAACAAACCGA